AUGAUUUUACCCCGUAUCAGACAAUACUCAAAUUCAAUUCUAUACCACGACCUUGCAGGGACUAUUCCGGGCAUAGACACGUACAACAAGCUCAUCAAGACCCCUACAGACUAUCAACUGGAGAUCUACGGCGAUCCAUUCUGCACACUAGCGCUCAUCACUUCUAACGCCACACUCAACACUUGCGGUGAGGUCACUAUUCCUCUGCUGGGAUUUGGGUUUUACUUCAAGGUCACUGAGACUGUGAGUAGUACUACUAGUUCAAUUGCCGCUACGGCCACCUCACAAAUAGCUUCCACGGUGCCGAUAAGCGAAACGAAGCCAGCAGCCACAGCAGAAGAUCAACCCACCGAUAUCCCAAAAGGAACGCUGCCACCGACACCUGACCAGCCCAACGAUGCCGAGAAUAACAAUUCAGCAAACCCUUUUGUAUGUUUACUUGCGGGGAUGUUUGUGUUUGAGGUGCUGAGAUUUACAAGCGCUUAGACACGACACAUAUAUAGUACAUGCACUACAGUAGGCAGCAACAAUAAAAUUCGAACGAAG